AUGACGUCGGAAGCGGCCCCAUCUUCUCCUGAAGUUGCUUUAAAGUCUUGUUGCCAGCUGGAAACGCCUGUUGUCUCGUUGAACGAGAUAGCGAUGCAAAGCUUCCUGGAAUCCGACGCAGCUCCAUUUCCAGGUCUGCUGGACUUCCACAUAGGCUCAACAAACUGCUUUCCAGAACUUGUGUUCGAGUCUGCAAUCGAGGAGGCUGGCUUUAUUGUGCUUGUACAUGGAUUGGACUUCGGCAGCGGGUUCCGGCACAUUCUUCAUGAACGGAGGAAUGGUCAAGGUGCUUGGCUCACAAUUCGAGGUGGACUUGUCGCAAUUGGCAAAACCUUUGGGACCACAGUUCGAUCCGACUGGCUGCGCACUACUACAGUGGAACAGGUCCAGCAACUUUUCGACAUCAACUUUGCAGAUUUGCGCCUGCUCGCUGAACAGAUCCAUGGUGUUGUGAUGGAGUUUGCAGAUGUCUUAGAAGGCAACGGGCACGCAACCUUAGGCAGCUGGACGGUUGCUUCAUGUCAGCAAGGAGCAUGCUCCUUUGUCUCUGAGUUGGUGUCGACCUUUCCCUUCACGUUUCGUGAUGCCUACGUGUUGAAGAGCAAGGACCUGCCCAGCGAAUAUGCAGAAGGCAGCCUGCCUGACGAGCAGGGUGUCCUGCUUGCCAAGAAGGCGCAGCUGGUGGCAUCGGAGAUUCACAUACGCUUUAGCCGUGACAGCACUCUUGAUCCGGCCAUUCGGAGCCUGCUUGUAUUUGAGGACUACGAGAAGCUGAGCGGCUUCAUCGAUAAUGUGGUGGUUGCCGUGCUUCGCAAGUUGGGAAUCAUUGAGUGUAGUUCUCAGCUGAAUUCCCGUAUUGAUGCUGGCGACACCCUCGCUUCAGGCUCAUGGGAAGAGGUGUCUCUGCGAGCAAAGGCCCUCGUUGCCGUUCGUGACAUCGUGAAGCGCUAUAACGACAAGCACAAGCUCCGUGAGAAGAUGCUCACCGCGGCACAGCUGUGCAACUACAUGUGGGGUGGUCUGGGAAAGUUGCCAGCUUUUCGUGCUUUCCCCCGACACCAUACGCCAACGACUCUGUUCUAUUGA